AUGUCGAAUGCCCAUCAUCUCCCCGACGAGAUCCUCGUCGACAUCGUGGAGAACCUUGCCAUUGCCGCCGCCUGCAACGAGGGCCAGCACGCAGAGAACAAGCUCCGGCUGGCGACCCUGGCGCAUGCUUGCCAGGCGUCCCGCCGCCUGCGCCGCGUCGCCGAGCCCGUCCUCUACCGGCACCUGUCCGGCGCAACGCCCGCGCAGCUCGCCGCUCUUUGCGGCCGGCCCGCGCUAGGCGACCAUGUACGCCAGGUCGACUUUGGCGAAGAGGCAGGGCUAAGGUUUGACGCCGAUCGCGAGGCGGCCGUGCGGCUGUACGAGCCCACGGUCAGGGCCAUUGCUGCCGACAAGUACCAGUCCGGCUGGCUCGACGAGUUGCUGCAGGGCCUGCUCGACUUCCCUCCUGAUUCGCCUUACGACGACAUCUACAUGAACGCGCAAGGCCCGGGGGUGCUGCUCACCCUGCUCUUGGUCCUGACGCCCAACCUAGAGGCUCUGACGGUGCCUCAAGACCCAUAUGACUCAUGCGAGACGCUGAUCCGGCUCAUCAGCUACUGCGGCCAACACCAUUGCGCGAAAUAUGACGAGCCAGCAUCAGCGUCGACAGAGGCUCAUGGACGCAGCAGGCAACCUUUCCCGCUCUCCAGACUUGCCGCCAUCAGCACGACGGGCAUGGCGUCGCAAGAUGAAUUUCCAGACGCCAGCAAGGCCAGGCACAUCAAGCCGCUCCUCUUCUUCCCAGGCCUGCAGAGCUUCUCGGCGAGCUCUGUCAACUGGGCCUCCAUCAUGCCCGACGAGAAAGGCCACACAUGGCCAAACCACGGAGAGGCCAAUAUCAUCUCCAGCAACGCCACCGACAGCGAAAGCCACGCACUGCGCGUCGGCAUCGAGCCUGCCUGCGGCUCCCACCCGGACCUCACGCACCUGUCCUUCCUCAACGCGUCCGACAUGUAUCCCAACGAGCUGCGCGAGAUCCUGCUCGUCUUCCCGGCCCUGCAGAGCCUCGUCCUGCACUUUCACGUUCACAAGACCCGCGGGGACUUCGACUUUGCCGGGCUCGGCGAUGUCCUGCGUCAACUUGCGCCAGCGGCCGGCAGCACGACGCCAGUGCCACCGCCGCGGCUGCGCCGCCUCGAGCUAGAGCCCGCCGUGGGCACGGACGAGGUGUCCGAGGAUAAUGACGAGGGCAUCAUCGACACCCUGCGCCACGGCGUGGUGACUUGUGCGCUCGAGCAGCUGCGAGUUCCGCUCGCCGCGCUGGUGGGUUCUUUCCUCGGAGAGGAGCCCGAGUCGGAGGUGGACUUGUGCACGUAUUUGCCCGUCAGUUUGCGCUGGUUGUGGACUGCGGUGACCGUCAUCGGGGACGUUGACGUCCAUGUCGACGCGCUGGAGCGGAUGCUUGACCAGGCGGGGAAGGACCUGCCGCUGCUGGAGUGGGUGCUGGUCCGGCUCCCCUUGGGAUAUGAUAAGCUGGGCUACAAGGACCUGCCGUUUGAGAGUCGCGACUUUGCUGCGACGAAGAUCGGGGAGCACCAUGUGCUAUAUACAAAGAGGGCCGCAGGUGCGGCGGCGCUGCGCACUGCUCCGGGCUGGGAGGAUGACAGUAAUGUACACGAAGACGGCCAGCAGCCAGCCAGAAUUCUGUUCAAAGAACGUCGUGUACCUACGCGAGCUCUCCAUGUAGCCCUCGACAAACUUCCGAGCGGAAAACCCUGCAAAUCCGAGACGGUAGAGCUUGUUGAGACGCGAGAGGCGGAGCUCGCCGUAGGCGUAUCGCCCCUGCUAGGCGGUCGUGGUGCCACGCCACAUUUGCUCGUGGUCGUGGCCCGCGACGACUUGCCGGGCGAGGCGCCCUCUAUCGCUGACGAAUCCGCUGCAUCUUCUCGAUUCGUCGGUUUGCGACCGCAGAGGCUGGUGCGCGGCAGACUGGAGGGCAUUGAUUGCAAGGUCCACUCACUUGCCGUCGAGCAUCAUGGGGACUCUCAGACGGCUACCAUCCGCUUGACAGGCGGAGCAACGACUGUUCCAGCAUCUCUGCAGCCCUGCCCCGAGCACCAAGCCAAGGAUAGAGGCCUGACUCUAGAUGACCAGUUUCUUGGCUUCACGACCCUCUUUGCCCCACCCCCCGCGGAUCACCAGAUCGACAUUGUAGCCAUUUCGGGACUUGGAGGCCACGCCUUUGGCUCCUUCAAGGAGCGCGGCGGCAGCCACAUGUGGCUUCGUGAUGCGCUGCCGCACCACCUCACCGGUGAGGAGAACGGGCGUCCGAUGGCCCGGGUCGUCAUCUAUGGGUACUUGCCGCCCGUCGUGGGCAGCAAGAGCAUGCAAAACGUAGAAGACAUUGCCGGGCAGUUUCGCGAGCAGCUGUUAGCCUUCGCGGCACAUAGUGACCGGCCCCGACCCAAGCCUUGGCGCCUGGUGCUCAAGGACGCCAUCAUAUCCCUCGCAGCAUCGAGAGACGCCGAGUCUACAAGACUGUGCAGGGCUAUUAACGGCAUCGUUUUCUUUGGCGUUCCCCAUCUCGGCAUGGAAAGCAGCUCGAUACGGACCAUGGCUGGUGGAGGCCCAAACCUCGCGCUGAUCCUGGCAAUCGGACAAGUAAAUUCGCAUUUCUUGCGCCGCCAGGCGCACGAGUUCCCAAAAGCCAUCAAAGCGCUGGGCUCGUCGCGGCCUGAGGUCUUUUGCUUCUACGAGACCGCAAAGUUACCUACAGCAAUACAGAAUAAAGAUGGGCGCUGGGAGAUGUCUGGACCGCCCACUAUCCUCGUGCCGGUCGCUUCUGCCACACACUGCCUGCCCGAGACGGCAGAUCACCGCACCCACAGCUGCGCCAUUGAUCGCACCCACUCGGAACUGGUCAAGUUUGCAGCGCAGGAUCAUGUAUACGACGUCGUGCGGUACAGGCUUCAGCGCAUCACGUGGGCUUCGGUGCGCUCCGAAGAACGCCGCAGCUUCCACCCAAAGGUCACGACGUUGAUCCGCUUGCAAAAAAACAAGCAUUUCACCGGCCGCGAGUCGGUGCUGAAGACCCUCCGCGAAGUCUGGUUCCCCAUCGAAGCUGGUCGUGAGGCACCGCCCAAAACUGUGGCUCUCGUCGGGCUAGGCGGCAUCGGCAAGACGCAGGUCGCUCUCGAGUUUUCGUACUGGGGAUGCGCUGAGAUUGUGCAGCAGCUCGGGCUGGCGCCCAAUUCCUCGGACGAGGACUCUGUCGACGCGAAGCGCCAGUCGAACCACCAGUCGAGUGAUGCGAAGCAGCAGUUCAGGGAGUACUUGUCAAGUAGUAGUGCCGGUGCUGCCAGGUGGCUGCUGGUGCUAGACAACGCGGACGACGUAGAGCUCCUCAGGGACCUGCGCAAACACAUGCCGCGCAGCGAGAGUGGGAUCACAUUGAUGACAGCGCGCACAGAGAAGGCAGCCGAGACGGUCGAUCCACAGACGGCUGUGAUUGGUCUUGACGAGAUGACUCCCAAGCCGGGGAAAGAGGCGGAGCAGCUUAUGAGCGUCGAGCUCGAUUUCACAGACCACUGGCUACACGAAAAGCCACACCAAACUGUCAUGACGACCUGGCUAGUCCCUUUGGAUCAAGUCAUACGAGAAGACGCAAACGGCGGUGGCAGGCCUACCAUCGAGCUUCUGAUGUUUCUAUCGCGAAUCGAACCGAAGGCGAUCCCGUUGUCGAUACUGCCCACCAUCCGAGGCUCCGCCGUCGCGCUGGCUGACACGGUGGGCACGCUGCUCCGCUAUGCGUUUCUAAAGAAGCGCGACGGCGACGUCUACGAUAUGCACAGCCUGGUGCACCUAGCAAUCCGGAGCUGGGUGUCGCACGAGGGUCUCUCGGAGGGGGCCACGACGCUGACACUGAAGCGUCUGAGCGACAAGACGUCCUUUGCUGAGAAUGUCGACUUGGCGGCGUUCGUCGAGCUGUCGGCUUACAUGCCGCAUGCCCUGCGUGCGAUGUCGGACAGCGAGGGAGAGCAGGCAGAAGAAGCCAGGUUCUGGGUCGCCGAGGAUCGCUGCAUUCUCCAAGAUUAUUCCAAAGCAGAGACGGGAAGCCUCCAUGCGGCUCCAGCCAAGGCGAUCUCGACGCUCUCCGGUGGCGCCGCCACCGCCGCCGCCCCGCGCAGCCUCUUCCGCCACCCUAAGCGCGACGACGAGGAGUACCCCAGCGAGGAGUACAUUGACAAGUGGGUCGGCAAGGCGUGGAGUCUCGUAUACGACCCGGACAUGCAGGAGAACUGGUCCGGCUCGUGCUACGACAACCCGGACGAAGGGCGCGAGGUCAUCAAUCGCAUGGGCCAGGUGCUGGCCAAGCACUCGACGGGGACCACGUACGUGCUGAUGAAGCCCGGGAAUGCGCCCAGGGCCUUCUGGCUCCGGGAAGAGUACCCCGUCCUCGCAGGCAAGGGCAUCACUAUUACUACGGUCAAUGAGGAUGACACUAGCAAGCGGAAGACCUAUGUAACUCACAAGAACCCGUAG